CUCGUCAGCAGGCCGCCCUGCCUCCUGCUUCCGCUCGUACUGCAGGCUGGUCAAGAGGAAGGAGACUGAAGAGCCAAAAUGGGAGUAGAAAUUGAGACCAUAAGUCCUGGAGAUGGACGGACAUUUCCGAAGAAGGGGCAGCGCGUCGUGGUGCACUAUGUCGGCACACUGGAAGAUGGGAAAGUGUUUGACUCUUCGAGGUCCCGGGGGAAGCCAUUCAAAUUCAAGAUUGGAAACCAGGAGGUUAUUCGUGGUUGGGAGGAAGGAGUAGCCCAGAUGAGUGUGGGUCAGCGGGCAAAGUUGAUUUGCUCACCAGACUUUGCCUAUGGCAGCAAAGGGCACCCAGGGAUCAUCCCACCAAACGCCACUCUCACCUUUGAUGUGGAGCUGAUCAGUCUGGAAGCCUCACUUUGUUAAAUUCCACUCAAAUUUUCAGGGUUGACUCCUAUCUCGGGAACAUGGAGGAACAAUGUUACCAGAUGAUUCCUGCUCUUGAUCCCUGCAUAGGACCUAUGUCUAUAUCUUCACUAGUUCACUCUCCUUUCCAUUUAGAUACAAAUCGUGUUUUGUCACUUGCUUUAAAACUUUAUACUCCAUACUAUACUUUAGGUUCCAUACUGUAAUAAGUCAUAGGCCAUCCCAUCCCAUCCCAUGUAUUUUGUCUGCUUUUUGUAUUUUUAUGGUGUUUUGUUUUUAUCUGACUUAAAGAUUUACAAAUUGUGUCAGCCAUCAGGACCAGGUUUUAGAUAAGUGUCAUAAGUAUUAAAUCAGUCUCAUUCCUGUGGCUCUGUGGCCUUUACACAAAAAUUGUAUUGAUUGCGGGUAAUGAAUUGUCUUGGAUAAAAAUAAGAAUAAAUCGUCUGACACAAUGCUAUUUCUAUGAAUUACCUUUGUGAUACUUGUUAUUGGGUUAAAUUAAACAUACGGAAUACAUUGUAACCAGGGAGUCAUGAAUCAAGCACAUUAUUGCCAUGAACAGCCUACAGGUUUCUGCAGAUGUAGGAUUUUAUUUGUCUACACUGCAGCUUCAAUCAUUAAUUUAAGAGUAAAAUGUCUGAAACGUUCACAACUGGACAUAUUUUGUCUUGUUGACUGCUUUUAAAGCAUCUGGGGAAGGUUUUUUUUUUCCUUUUCUUUUUCUUUCUUUUGCCAAAACAAACAGUCUUGUGGGGGGAAAAUAUUUGGACUAAUUAAAAGUUUUCUAAACUUGCAUGGUAAGUUCACCCACAGAGAUUUGUAGGCACAUCUUGGGCUUUGUGAUUAUAUGUGUUUGAAGGAGUUUUGUGUAUCAAGCUGUGGAUGUUGUAAAAGAUCUGUUCCUUACUCGAAACACAUUAAAAGAGUAAUUUUAACACAAA